AUGAAAGGUAGAGCCACGAUCUGGGACUGUGUCGGAUCGGUUGUGACCGGAUACGGGGAUCGGGGUACUGGCAGAGCAUGGCGAAUCUCUUGGUUGGCGGCAGAAGAGUACCAUGCAGGCAAGUCGUUAGAGAAAAAGUCGUCAUCUAGCUGGCUGGACGCUGACGGAGUUCCUGGCAGUUUACCACAGGGCGAUCAGCACCCCGAGGCCAGGAGAUCAACAGCUUGCUGGGUCAAGUCGGACUGCAAAUUCUGCUCAGAAGCCACGAGUAAGCGGGGGUUGAUACCAGUGCAUUCUGCUACCCGCACUCCCAUCCCAGUCCACACCAGACUUUUGAGACGACUGUACGAGGCAAUCAAGUUUGAGGAGGCUCUGGGCAGAGCCUGCGAACAAGAUCCCGUCUUCCUCGGCAGGACCUCUGUGGAUCCUCCUGUGGAUUUCUCAGACGACGCUGAAAAGGCUUACAAGUCGUAUGUGAACAAACUUGCACACGUCUGCGAUGUGAGACGUGGCGGAGCCACUGUCACCGGCGUCGCCAUCCUGCAGGAUGUCGACGGCGUUAUUUAUGUCCUUGGCUCCAAUGAACGUUCGCCGGCAGCUCUUACGGAAUUGGGCCAGUUCGUGCAGUCCCUCUUUGGUCUUGUGCAGAGCGUCCAAGACGCCCCUCCGGACCCAGUGUCGCUCUUCACUAGGAUCUUCCCCCACAUCCUUGAAUACAACCAACCACGCAUAAGGAGUUAUCUCAGUCGCAUGCCCGAAGAAAUUGACAGAUGCGUGGCGGAUCUUAAAAGCAUGUCUGUGGAAGCAAAACGAACAGUGGACGUAGGUGAAAGAUUUCCAUCAUUAGAUUUCGUGGGUGGCAGCAUUCUCAUCCUAUCUUUUACGGACCACCUGGAAGCAUUUUUCAUCGAGCUCCGCAAACUCGUCACACGGGUUCAGCGAGCCAGAAGUGAGGAGGGUGAAGAACAUUCCAAGGGUAUGCUUUCUACUGGCCCUCCCCUCUCAUCCUGGUCUUUUCCUUCAGCCCUGCUCACCGAAGUGUCUGCCGCAGUCUUCGCCGAUGUCAUCAUACCAGAGGUCAUGGUGAAGACAUUUUCCUGGCAUCCAGAGAGGCUACAGUCAACCCAUCGAUAUAUUGGCGUCAGCUACGUCAUCUCAUGGCCGCGUCUGAGAGCUUACCACGUCUCCGCCCGAUCCAUCAUCAGCGCACAUAGAUGCUGGCCUCAGCUCUUUGACCAUGCACAGAUCAUCGUUGUGCCAUCCAGCACUCCGUACCCUAACCCUUUGAAGAAGGCAAGAAUGGCAACUGCUUCUGAGAUGCUAGGACGCAUGGUACCAGCCGCUGAGGUCGAGCUGAGACAAGCUGAGGCUCGCGUGCUCAAACCCUUCGGUCUCGACGCCUUCCUCAUCGAAGCAUGUAAGCAGGAGUCAUUCACGCCACUCGUACAUGGCGAGGUGCUUGUACACAACGUUGUCCGCACAUACCUGCUCGAGAACCAGGACGUGACGUACUGGAACAACUGGCGCUACGUUGGCAGCAGCAAGCCCACCUGCCGACUUUGUGCGUACUACUUCUCCGAGAUCACCGACGUGACGGUGCGGGAGUCCCCUGGCAACCUCUAUGCCAAGUGGCGCGCACCCGAUGUCUACGACGAGGCUGGUGCCCAGCGCCGUGAUGAAAUUCUGAACGCCAUCGCCAAGCUCAUCCGACAAGACGCCCUCCGCACACUGUCGAGCAAGCUGCCUCGAGGCAGGACUGAUGACUCCAGCUCCUUUCCAACGGUGGCGGAGUACUUUGCUCGAAACGCGCACAGAGCUAUGCCCAGAAGCGAGGACACCGGGAUCCUUGAAGGUAUUCUGCAUCUGCUUGUCAUGAGCGUUGCAAAGGCUGAGCAGAUAAUGCUUUCCCCAUCUUAA